AGUCAUUUGUGUUUGCUAUAAAAAAAUUGUUAAUCAUUUUAAUGUCAAAUGACAGGUGUCGCUCUGGCUCGCUCCGAAGAUUUUUUUCGCUUUCUUUGUGGAAAGUCCUCGACCAUCACAUUUUUGUGUUGGCAUCAAGUGUCUGAAUUUUAAUCUAAAUUCACGAUGACUUCCGGGUAUUUUUCGGGCUGAGAUGGAUUUCAUUUCCUGAGCUCUAGUUUUUCUUCCUGGGAUAAUCGAUGUUAGGCCAAAAAAAGAUAUACGCUUUUCGUGUGUAUCUUUGUAAACUAAAGUAAUGCGAGUAGCGUGUGUGUUUGUUUUCGAACAACCCACGUCAACAAAACGAGGCUUACACGUGCCGAUACCUGUCCACUUUUGUGGUUUUUUUUUAUCCUAUGACUCGUACAAGAUUUGGUCCAUGGAUUUGGAUUGGUCGUAGAUUUGGUAUUGUAGAUGUUCAUCAUCGACCAUUAGCAUCACAAGUAUUGACAGCCCAUUUACGACAAUCUCGUUAUCCAUAUUGGACGGCAUUCUUUAUUCCAUAUCGUUCAAUUUUGAAUGACCAAUUUGGUUGGUCCCAUUUUAAUUGGUCUGUCGAUGGUCAUAAUUAUCAUAUCUUAAGAAUUGGAUGUUGGCCAUAUAUUAAAUAUCAUUGUAGCCGUCGACCUUUGGAAGACCUUUACAUUCAAAACGUGUUUUAUACGUGGAUUAAAUGUCUACAAUUUGGUAUUCCAACCUUAGCAUAUGGUAUUACUGGCUGGAUGAUGGCUAAACAUCACGAAGAUGUCCAUAUUAAUUCGACUAAAUCGAUUCGAAUUUAUUUUUGGUACAAGGAAAAUCGGGAUUUGCCUUAUUGAUUGAUUAUUGUCUGAUAAAAAAAAAUAAUAAAAACGUACUUUAUGAACGGAA